AUGGCAGAUAUAAAUCAAACAACGUUCAAAUUAACUGCAAAGGAAAGCAAUUCCGGAACAGUAAUUUUAAUCCUAGAUUCCAUAUCUUCCUGCAUUUUAGUUGUUGCUUUAUUCUUUAACUGGCUUGGUAUACUUCUACUGUAUCAACAGAAAACCAAAAGAUACUCGAAUCAAAAACUUAUUCUAACCACAUUGAGUAUGACAGUAAUCUGUAUAUCAACAACCGACUUGACAUACACUAUAGGUAAAUUCACUGGAUUAGAGAAUGACGCACCGAAGAUCUAUUUCUUAUGUGAAAAGAUAAUAGCAUCCAUUUUCAUCACCUACUAUUUGGUACUGUUCCUACUAACAAUUGAUCGAUUUUUGGCGUUCAUACUUAUAUUGCGCUACAAGGUCAUUGUUACUGCAUACAGAAUCAAAUUAUAUUUAGUGUUAUGUUGGAUUAUUGGACCGGCAGUUGCGACUCCGUUUUUUUUCCUUGGGAAAAAAAUCUUUUUUGAUGUAUGGUACAAGUUUAUUUACUUAAUUUUAGACAGUAUCAUUUUGCUAACAGUGGUUGUCACAUAUUCAUAUAUAUUAUUUUCAUUUAAACACAGAUCAUAUAUUCAAAAGCAAGGAAAUACACACAGGCAUCAUCACGGUCAUAAUAAAAUAUUUCUUGUGAUCUCCUUAAUUACCAUUAGCUUUGUUUUUAUGGUGGCCAUACCUGAUGCAAUACAUGCGUAUAGAUUUGUGAUGAAAUAUAAAUGCAGUGAAGUUGAGGUUGCAGUCGUUGGAAUAUGCUGGAAGCUUAAUUAUAUCUUGGACCCUGCAAUAUAUAUAUUUCUACAUCGCGAGAUUCGGAAAAUGCUUGUCAAUGACAUGCAAAAAUUGAAGAGCUUUUUCUCGAAUCGAUGA